AGAAAUCUCUCUACAAAAAGAAAGAAAGAGAGAAAUGGAAUGGAAGAAAGGAUAUUUGGAUCUCAUUUUGGUUCCUUUGGGGCUAUUGGUUAUGUUCUCUUAUCAUUUUUGGUUAUGGUAUAAGGUUAGAACCGAACCGCUCUCCACCAUCAUUGGAACCAAUGCUAUCGGUCGUCGCUUGUGGGUUUCAUCGAUCAUGAAGGACAAUGAUAAGAAGAACAUAUUAGCCGUGCAAACCUUAAGAAACACGAUAAUGGGAGCGACAUUAAUGGCGACGACAUCAAUUCUACUAUGUUCCGGUUUAGCCGCCGUCAUUAGCAGUACUUAUAGUAUAAAGAAGCCUCUAAAUGACUCUGUUUAUGGGGCUCACGGAGAGUUCAUGGUUGCAUUGAAAUAUGUAACACUACUUCUCAUAUUCUUAUUCUCAUUCUUAUGUCAUUCGCUCUCCAUUCGCUUCAUCAAUCAGGUCAACUUCCUCAUAAAUUGUCCACCCGACAUUGAUAGUCACAGCCCGAUAAUAUGUCCAGAGUACGUGUCACAAUUGUUGGAGAGAGGGUUUGCGUUGAACACGGUUGGGAAUAGGAUAUUCUAUACGGCGUUACCUGUUUUGCUUUGGAUAUUUGGGCCAGUACUCGUGUUAUUGUGUUCUCUAACGUUGGUACCUGUUCUCUACAACCUCGAUUUAAAUGUAGCCAACGAAGCCGUAAAAGGGAAGAAGAAUAUGCAAGUCGUCGGAGAUAACGAUGAUUGUGAGAAAGGCCAUCAUGAUUUAGUAUUAGAGUUUUAAUUUUGGUAAAAAUCUAUUUUCCUUCUAUAUGUAACUUUGUACACAUAAGGGUUUCAAAUCAAACAUAUUUAUGAAUAAUUAUGAUUUCUUACAUUGUGA